ACACACACACACUCACAGAGUCUCCCUUACACACACUCUCUCCCUCACUUCAGCUUUCUUUCCUGUGUCUGGCUGAGUUUAGUUGACUGGGAGCUGGUGCUGCUGCUGCUGCUGCUGCUGCUGCUGAUUCAACGCUUUACUCUCUAUUCAACUGUUUGAGUUUCAGCAGUCAGAAAAGUGUGUGUGUGUGUGUUAGUAGUUUGUAAGAGUGUGUGAGAGAGUGUGAGUAAGUGUGUGUGUGAGUUUGAGGUAGGCUGAACUUAUUAGAGCGACUCCAGACAGCUGUUUGAGAAGCUCCACACUUUCCACUGAGUUUCAUUCAAAGGAACUGAAGACAUCAUGAAGUUCGAGCUGCUGCUGCUGUUCGCCCUGAUCGGGCCCUUCUGUACCAUCACACACGCAAGUACUCUGGUGGUGCCUACUGAAGCAGAUCUGGCCGGUGUGACGGAAGCGCCCGCGGAAACUAACAAUGCUACUGAGCCAGCAAAGGUGGAAGAAGUGACGGAAGUUCCAGAGAAACCUGUGACUGAAGCAACAGCAGCACCAUCUACCGAAGCUCCUGUAGUGGAAACAGAGGAACCUGCACCUGAGACAGAAGCUACAGCAGCGCCCACAGCAGCAGAGCAGGAGGAGCAGUUCACCACACAAGCUGCUGAAGUUGAAGCUGCUGCUACUGAGCCUACUGAGGUGACCAGCGUGGACGAGGCAGAGACAACAGGGCCAGCGGUAGAAGCAGAUCAGGCUAAAGAAACAGAGGUGGAACUGGAGGAAUCAGGUUUGUCUACAGGUCACGUGGUGGGCAUUGUGAUUGGUGCGUUGGUUGCCGUGGUCAUCAUCAUUGCAGUGAUCGUAGUGAUCGUCAGGAGGAUGGGCCAAUACUCGCCUGCAAAGAAACGAAAGCCUCAGAAACAGGACAGCAUCCUGAUCUCCUCCCUGAGAAGGAAGGCAGCGCGACAGGAAGAGAAGAAGAAAAAGUUCUGGAAAGUCUGAACUACUGAACUGAUGUCACUUCCUGUAAUUAAACAAAGAAAAAAAAGCAAGCUAGGAGCACUCUUAACCAUCCAGGACAAUGAGGACGGUGUACUCCUCACGCUCCUCCCACACCCCAAAAACCCCACCCCCAAUCCCAACCCCCAACAUCCAACCUCCUAUCCUAAAGCCAUCAUUGAUAUGGAUGUUCUUUCUACCCAACCCCCCCCCAUUUCCUACCUACCCCAACACCCCCCCCACCCCAUUGUACUCACCUCCCCAGUGCUCCAUCAAAACCACGCCAAAACCACCCCGCCUACUGCCACCAAAGAUUGAAGAAGUCAGAUUGACUUUGUGUUUGAUUAAAGCACAGUAAUGUAAAUGUUAAAAAGGGAAGGAUAAAUGGAAUAAAUAAAAUAUGAAUAUGAAUAUAUGAAUGUGCAGACACAGAUCACUUCAGAUCACUGGGUCUGGGUAGAAGUUCUAUUAAACAAUAUUAACAAAAAUAAUCGAACAAUACAAAAUAAAAUCAUCAUUUUCUUAAAAUAUCUCAUAAAAUUUUGCAGAAAUUUACAGAAAAACAACAGAAAUACAGACAUUUCCGUUUUUGUACCAAAUAAUUUUAAACAGUAUUGAAUCAGUUGUGAUUUACAUUUAUUAAUGGGCCAAUUCACAUUAAAUUCACAGUAAAGGGUACCACUUUAAAAUAAGACUACCUUUAUAAACUGUUUAUAAAUGGUUUACAAUUAGUUUAUUAAUGACUACUAAUUAGGUUGUAAAUGCCUUAAAAAAACAUUAAUAAUCAGUUAUAACACAUACACAGCCAUCUAUAUUGUUGCCCUUUUUACAUAUGUGUUACGACUGAUUAUUAAUGAUUUUUAAGGCAUUUACAACCUAAUUAGUAAUAAUUAAUAAACUAAUUGUAAACCAUUUAUAAACCCUUUUUAAAGGUAGUCUUAUUUUAAAGUGGUACUCAAAAAAGUUAUCAUUUUUUAUAUUUUAAGAGGUAUCGUUACAAAAUGCCACAGAACUCUGCUUUCAUCAUCUUCCAUAGGCCAUUAAUUUCAUCUGAUAGUCUGUAAAUCAAAAUCAAAUCAAUCAAAAAUCUAAAGCGAAUUGUUUCAUCAUUUGUUACAUUGUAUACUAGCUUAUAUUUAGUCUGUUUAGUUUUGGUUUCACGGUACACGGUACACUUUAAAAUAAGACUACCUUUAUAAAGGGUUUAUAAAUGGUUUACAAUUGGUUUAUAAAUGGUCACCAAUUAGGCUGUAAAUGCCUUAAAAAUGAUCAUUAAUAAUCAGUUAUAACACAUGACCUUUUGUUUGCCAAAUAGUGAACCCACAGCCAUCUAUAUUGAUUGUUGCCCUUUCUACGUGUUCUAUAAGUUAUAACUGAUUAUUAAUGAUUUUUAAGGCAUUUACAACAUAAUUAGUAACCAUUAAUAACUAAUCAUAAACCAUUUAUAAACCCUUUAUAAAGGUAGCCUUAUUUUAAAGUGGUACCGGUUUCACACUGCAGUUUUACUACUUUACUUACUUUACAUCCUGCCUUCCUCACCUACUCUAUGUGGGUGGAGUCUUCUCCCUAUACUUGACACUGAUUGGCUUGUAGAAGGGCGUAGAAUCUAACGUCUAAAGCAUGUAUUCAAUUUAGCAAAGUUGUCUUUGUAGGUGUUUUUUUCCGUUUGGAUUGCUUUUAUUUCUCUUUAUAAAUAAGGGUUAAUCUACAGUUACAGUAGAUACAGUCAAGUCAGGUUUCAGCACAACUCUGGUUAUUCAUCAUCUUCUAUUGUUUAAUUGGUCCAAAAUGAGUCUAAACUGUUUUAAAAAGUGAUGUUACACUACAGAGGAAGCAAAUCAAGGUUAAAUCAGGUUAACUAAAACUGCUAUUUUAUCUUAUUAAGGCUCUUUUACACCAAAUAUGAUUUUUACGAAUAGAAAAAUGAACGCCAUGUUUAAUGCAAUGGAACCUUCACACUACAUUGUAUGCAAAUUUUGCCUUUGAGCAAAUGUUUAAAUGAGGCUAAAAACUCUAUAACUCCAUGACAUUGUAAAUGUCCACUCUUUCUGUUUCUCUGCUUCCUGUCCACUUCUGCUCUUAUUGAUUUCCUCCUCCACUCAAGUGCUUUAUUAGCAAGGUUAUAUAUAUAUUUAUAGUUCACUCCUUUGUGGAACAUGAACAAAAGCAAACUUAAAACAGCUUAAAAAAAUAUUUUUAAACGUCUCAGGCCAUCAUUCUCCAAUGUAAAAAGGCUUUUAGACAUCACUUAUAUCUUAUAUAUUGUACCUAAUUGCAGUUCUAAGGCUCUAUCACACACCCUAUGCAAGGUGCGUUAGGAUGCUCAUUGCUAUGUUACACCCCUUAAACAGUCUAUUUUCACGCCUUGCACCCGUGACGUUAAAAUAGUUUAGGAAAAAGAGUUUAGGAAUAAAUCUACACUGAUGGGUGUGGUGGUCUGGAAGUGAGGUGUGUUCAGGUACAUUUCUGGGUAACACAGGUGCGCCACUGAUUGAUUAAAACCCUGACAACAGUCAACAAUCAAACAGUUGUCCAAUCCUAUCUUAGCCUUGUAGGAGCUUUUACAUCGACAAUAAACAGAAUAAAGAAUAAAAUAUCAUUACUGUUCCCUUAUAAAUGAGCUACUGGCGUAUCUUCACAGUGUGAACACUGAGAUGCGCAAAAGCGUCAUGCUGUUAAGAUACCAACGUGCCAAAGUCAGAGCUCACCCGGCUCUUAAAGGGAAUGACUACUGGCACACUGAUUGGUUUAAUUCACAUUACACCCAAAACCCGCCUAUGAUUAUUGAAGAUAGUUAGUUUCACGCCUUUUGGAUUUUUAUUUUUGGUGCCCUUACAAUAUUUUUUAUUUAAUUUACAGCAUUUUAUCUGACACUUUUAUCCAGAGUGACUUACAAGGUUAUGUCUAUGACAGAGGUGGCAUAGUCACCAGAGCAGGAAUUGAACCGCAGUCUCCCACAUGAUGAGGUAGCUCACUGGCAGGUAGUGGUGUUAUCCACUGCGCCACACCAAUCACGAGACCAAAGUAACUCAGACAUGCCCUAAAUCCAGCUAUAUAUAUAUAUAUAUAUAUAUAUAUAUAUAUAUAUA